GGUUGACCUGAUUUUUGUUUUUAUUCAAAAUUAUCCGCAUAUAAAUGAAUUGUUAUGGCCAGAAAAGACACAUCAAAGCAAAAUUCUUAUAAACAAGAUGAUUCAUACUUUGAUCGAAUUGAAUCUACUAAUGUAUUGGUUAUCGGUAAUGGUCCAUCGGCGAUAACACUAAGUUUUUUAUUAGCUGGUCAUUGGCCUUAUUAUUCACCGGAAGAUUUUCAAACCCAUAGUGAGAAUGUACCAAAUCCAACAUUGCAAACUCUACAUGAUCGAAUAUUAGAUCAUUGUGCUUUAGAACCCUGUUAUCGUGAUAAAUAUGGUAAUGAAAAUGAGUCAUUAUCGAGACCAAAACUACGUUCUUUAAUGGAAUCCGACCUGAUGGAACUUGGUCUAAAUCUUGUUGGCCGUACCGGAGCUAAUCCUAUUUCCGUAUUAAUGGAUCAGCUUCAACAUCCAAAUGCUGAUUUCGGUGAACGUAAUUCUUCCUUAUUAAAAUGGACAUAUCGACCUGAUCGUAGUGUGGAACACGUAGUGAUUGGUACAUCCGAAUCACCCGGAGGUAUUUGGCAUGCCAUUGCCAAGACAUGCUUGUCCAAACUUCGUUCCACUUCUUCUACCGAAAUGCUUACGUUAUCGAGGAGAUCAUUGAUGCAACUGCCCGUCUUGCCUAUAUAUGAUGACGAGAAUCAUCAAAAUGAUAGUGAUGGCGAACUUCCUUUGGAAAAUCGAAUUCCUUAUCGAGUAGUUGCCGAUUAUUAUCGCCGAUAUGUUAAUCAUUUCGGUUUAGACAAAUAUUUUCGCAAUUACACCCGUGCAACAUCAUUAGAUUGGGAUCCGAUAAGUCAUUGUUUUAUCGUUGAUACAGUAAGCCGAAAAUCAUCAUCAUCGCCAUCUAAACAACAUAAAUAUCGUAUUCGAUAUCGUGCCAAGCGUGUAGUGUUGGCCAAGGGUACAUCAACUUCGCCUCGUAUGUUGAACAUAACAGGUGAAAAACUUUCAUUCGUAUUACAUUCAUUGACCAAAUUAGAUGUGAUCAUACGUAAAACACAAUUGUUACCAUGUUGGCGUAUACCGAUGCCCUCAACAUCAAGAAUCAAUUCAUCCGAUCCAGUAUUGAUAGUUGGUUCUGGACUUUCUGUUGCUGAUGCUCUGAUAUUAUUAUCACAACGCUGUCAACGUCAUCCAUUACGCAUCAUACAUUUAUUUCGAAAAUCUAUACGCGAUCGUUCAUUAAUAUUCAACCAAUUAGCAACAAAUGAUUCCAAUUAUCCUGAAUAUUAUCAAGUAUUCCAACAGAUGAAACAUUCUGUUCAGAAUAACGUUCAUUGUUUGGCAUGUUUACCAAAAGGUUCGCAUCAUAUACCAUCAUCAUCAUCAAAACAAUCAUUAUUGCGUUUUGAACAUUAUCAAGCAUAUCAGGAAUGUAUUUUGUCUUCCAUACAAACAAUGGCAAAUGGUCAUCGUACGGCGACAUUAGAGUUUCUGGAUAAAAAUAAAACCGAUUCGACGCUAUGUUGUCGUUGUCAUCGUCCUGUAAGACAUCAGCUCACUGUUCGUAUAUCGUUCGCAUUGAUUUUAAUUGGUUCGAAUCCUCAAUUUGAUUUUGUCGAUGAUAAUAUUCGACAAAAAAUGGCUCGCGAUCCAUCUGCUCCCAUCGAUCAUCGAAUAAAUCCGAUUGACAUUGAUCCAUAUACCCAUGAAUGUAAAGGCGUUCCAGAUCUUUAUGCACUUGGUCCUUUGGUGGGUGACAAUUUCGUUCGCUAUGUUCAAGGUGGUGCAUUGGCAGCUGCCAAUCAUAUCUACCAUAAGGAGCAACAGAAUCCUUAUGACAGUAUAAUCGACAGCAAUCAUUCAUUAUUCGAUAUUGAUGAACGCCGAUGAUCUAAAUUGGCCCCAACAUUCUAAUCGACUGAGAAUAAGUCAAAAAAAAUCAAAUAAACAUAUCAUGAUCGAUUUCA